AAACGUCAUAAUAUUUCGUGGUGUCUUGUGUUGUCUAGUUUGUGUUGGUCGUGGACCCGUGGAUCCUGAUAUUUUAUAAAACUGUAAUAAAUUAAUAAAGAAUCAAAGUGGUAUUCUUGAAAAUGGAGGAAAAGAGAUUGAUUAUGAUUGAUGAUAUGUGUAGACUUUGUCUGAGAACGCUGGCGCUAUAAACCUCUACGAAACACAAGACUUAGUGAAAGAUAUUUACACAUCCACAGCAGUAAAUGUAUUCAAAAGAAAUAAUCUACCACAAAAAAUAUGUAAAAUAUGUUAUGAAAUUAUACACAGUGUAAAGAACUUAAGAAUUGUAGCUAUGAAGAGUGAUUCAUAUUUGCGAUCGCUGUUUGGAGUGGAUAUUGAAGAUGAAAUGGAGGAUGAUUUAAAUCUGCAAGAUGAAUCAAACAGUUCACAAAGGAGGGAAACAAGAAGUGUAUUUUUUGCAAAAGAUGAUGCUAGCAAUAUAAACAAUGACAUAACAUCUUUCACACAGAAUUGUGAAAGAAGGCCUAGUUCACUAAAAAAUCAAGUCUUAUCAGUUAGAAAAGAUAUAUUUGAAUCUUCAGUAACAAUGAGCCCUACAAGGAGGAUGUCUACAGAGGAUAAUCACUUGCCCCAACAAGUACCUAAACUAGAUCAGCAAGUUCCCAGGCCAAUUAAAUUAGAAAAGUUUAAAAAUGAUUUAGAAUGUAAAGUAUGUCAUAAGAUAUUCGAAACACAGAAAAAACUAUACCUUCAUCAACGACUGCAUUUUAAAAAUAUAAUGUGCCCGCUUGACGCGUGUGGAAAAAAAUUCGCAACAAAAGGAGACUUAGAAAAGCACAUAAGAACACACACUGGAGAACGUCCCUAUCGAUGUGAGAUAUGUGAAAAAAGUUUUGCACAAAGGGGCACACUGAAAGCCCAUAGAGAUGCCUUGCAUGGCGGUGAAGGGUAUUUACUGGGAAAAUAUAACAAGGACGAAAACAGCUCGAUAGUGCAGCCCAAAAUGGCUGCUGUUAAUAAAAUACAAAAUUUGAAGUUCGACAAAAUAUGUCGGGCUUGCUUGGAAAUAAAAAAGGACAUGAGACCUUUGUUCGAGCAGCUGACUGCCACUAUGUUGAUGGGGAUAUCAAAAGUGCAGGUGGCGGUGGGCGAUGGUCUUCCCUCCCAGCUCUGCCUGCAGUGCGUGCACCAGAUCUCGCGCUGUCACGCGUACAAAGAGCUGGUGGAACGCAAUGACGUCACGCUGCGGGAGUAUGCCAAGCGCCUGGCUGAGGAGGCCGUCAAACGGGAAAGAGAGGAAAAAGAGAAGAUGCUUUCAAUAACGGACCCGACAUACAUGCAGUAUAUGGAGGUGCCCCUAACAAACCCGAAUCAUAUACUCGAAGGGUUCUUCGGCACGCCGGAACAGUCGCAGAACUCCGACGAGUCCACGCUUAAGGACAACUUUGAAAUGGAGAAAACAGAUCAAAUAGCAGAGGCCAAUAAGGAUGACGAAGCAUUAAAUUCCGAUGAGGAGAAGUACCUCCAACUGGUGGUGUUCCAAGCGACGUCCACGGUGUCGCCCGGCAGGCAUGUUUGCAACCUCUGCCAUAAGGAGUUCAAGCACUCGCGCUGGUUGCGACAACACAUGCGCUCUCACACUAACUGGAUAAAGGCGAAUUGCAAGAAGCCCCCGAUGUGUCCUAUAUGCGAGAGGACUUUUAAGGGUCCGGGAAUGUUAAAAAUGCACAUGAGAACCCACGAAGAGCGGCCGCCGAAGCAGCCGACCUGUUCAGUGUGUCAAAGAACAUUCCCCACAAAGACGAUGUUGUACCGCCACCGGCAGACGCAUUUCGAACAGAAGACGCACCAGUGCACGGUGUGUGAGAAGAGGUUUUACAGCGGAUACGCCCUGAGGUCUCACAUGGCGAGGCAUAGGGGAGAAAGACCGUAUAUAUGCUCCACUUGUAAUAAGAGCUUCUACAAUCCUACGGAUUUGAAGGUUCACUUUCGACUGCACACCGGCGAGAAGCCUCUAAAAUGUUCCGAAUGCAACAAGACUUUCCGGCGGCACUCGACAUUAUGCCAGCAUAUGAAAAAACACCGCGGGAUACGGAACCACGUCUGUACAGUGUGCAACAAGGGGUUCUACGAGGUUUCCAAACUGAAUGCGCAUAUGAGAGUGCAUACUGGUGAGUUAUACAGUCUUACUUAUAAAAAUUUCGCAAAGCUAUUCUUAGUUAAAAUACAAAUUUACUCGAACAGCAGUAAGUCGAAACCCGCCAUCUUGAUGUUAAUAAGGUUUAAACUAGGAACCGGUGAUGUUUUUCACAGCUAUUUAAGCAAUUUAUAACCAUUUCUUAACGCU